AAAACAGUGGAGAGAUAAAUCACAGUGACUUGACGGCUCAUUUAGUGGGAGAAUCAGUGCUUAGUGUCUACGAUCAUGUGUCCUUGUUCAGAAUCUACCACUCAAGAACAAUUAAACUGGCGUGGGCAAGCAAGUUUUCUUUAAUUUGACUGCAUAUAGUAAAGCUAAAAUUUGUGGGAACAAACACAAAAUAUGGGUGCAUCUUUAUCAUCAUCCUGCAUUCAAAAUAAGAAGCACUCAACUGCUGCAAAACUUUACACAGUCCUCAGCAUUGAUGGAGGUGGCAUUAGAGGAAUCAUUCCUGCUACGAUUCUUGAGUUUCUUGAAUCCCAGCUUCAGGAUCUGGAUGGGGAAGGUGCGAGAAUUGCAGAUUACUUUGAUGUGAUUGCAGGAACAAGUGUUGGUGGUCUCAUAGCCACCAUGUUAGCUACUCCCGAUGAACAUAACCGGCCGGCCUUCUCCGCCAAGGAUAUCACACCUAUGCUUUUUGAAUAUGGGCCUUUUAUCUUCCCAUCAGGAAGAGGGAUCCAAGAUAUGCUGAAAGGUCCCAAGUAUGAUGGAGAGUUCCUUAAGCAAAUGCUAAGGAUAAAGCUAGGAGGCAUUCGGCUGCAUCAAGCUUUGACUAAUCUUGUCAUUCCAACCUUUGACAUCAAAUCUUUCAAACCAAUUAUUUUCUCCUCCCGUGAGGCUAAUGUGUGUGGUGGUAUGGAUGCUUUGCUAUCGGAUGUGUGCAUUGGGACAUCUGCAGCGCCGACAUAUUUCCCUCCGUACAAAUUUGUGAAUCACGACAUCCUAGGCGAGGAGUAUGAGUUCAACCUCGUAGAUGGUGCCGUGGUCGCAAACAAUCCGACCUUGGUUGGCCUAAGUGAAGCAAACAAGGUUGGGAUGGAGAGAAGAAAAAACAAGUUUUUGUCAAAGAAGCUCAAGGCUAUGGACUAUAGUCAGCUUUUGGUCAUCUCUUUAGGCACAGGCUCCCGGAAUUUGGAGAACAAAUACUGUGCUGAGGUGGCAGCCAAAUGGAACGUUUUAGAUUGGAUGGUUCAAGUUGACACUGGAAUCCCUACACUAAUUUCAUGCCCUCUCAUCAACAUGGUUUCCUAUGGAAUGUCCGAUAUGGUUGAUUAUCAUAUUUCUACCAUCUUUCACUCUCUUAAUGUUGGGGAAAAUUAUCUCAGAAUUCAGGAUAAUACCUUAGAUGGUACACUUGCAGCCAUGGAUAAUGCUUCUUUGGAGAAUAUGAUACACCUUCGAGAAAUAGGUGAAAACUUGCUUAAACAACCUGUUUCAAAAGUGGAUCUCAAUUCUGGAGUAUAUAUGCAAGUUUCAAAGGAUUACACAAACGAGGACAUUUUGAAAAAAUUUGCAAAAAUACUGUCAAAUCAGAAGAAAAACUACCCAAGAAAAAGAUCCAAGUAGAAUCACACAAAAACUCUCAAUGAAAUUCAUCACAUCUGAAAAGGAGAAAACAAUCGAACUAAAAGUUUAUCAUUAUUGAUGAAUAAUACUUUAUUAGAGUAUUUCUGUGUUAAGUGUAAUAAUAAUAUAAUAUUCCAUGCAAGCAUAUAACUAGUAGUAUAAUAAGAUUUUUCUUUUUGAGUA